UCGAUUUGAAUCACAAGUCGUGCAGUCUUUACAGUUGACAAACAAUAUCUAAACGAGAUUUAAAUAAUCAUCAUGUACAAGUUCGUGACAAUCUUUGCUCUCAUUGCUGUGGCCUGCGCUGCACCAAAGCCUGCACCAGGAUACGUUGCAGCACCAGCUCUGGUUCACUCUGCAUCAGUUGUUGCAGCACCAGCUCUGGUACAUUCAGCGCAAGUUGUGGCAGCUCCAGUUGUUCACAGCGUUCACAGUGUUCCAGUUGCCACCAGCCACUCCAGCACCUACAAGGUUGACCACAAGAGCUACGUCGCAGCUCCAGCUGUUGCUCUUCAUGCUGCACCAGUUGCUGUACACACCCCAGUCGUUGCUGCACCACUUGCAUACUCAGCACACGCAGUACCACUCUCCUAUUCUGCACACUCCAGCCAUCUUUCUCUCGUUCAUUAAGAAAUCUUGAUUAAAUCAAUUGACUUUUUCUACUGUCACUCAACUGCAAGUUUUCAAUAAAAUAUUCAUGUCAGUCUAA